GGGGGAGCGCCUGCGCUCAGGGAGUGCCAACCUCCCUGUUCUUCCAGAGCCUGAGUAAUGUGGAAGAUUCAGAUCCUCAACCUCUGGAGACACGGUUCCUCUCACUGAACCCCUCCCCGCCCAUUGUAUCUUUCUAGUCCUGCGGAGCUCCUUGGCGUCUCGGAGGCUGCUAGUCAGGCAAUCUGUUGGGCACUCCGAGCGCGGGGUCCUCGCGGCUGUCUCGGCUGCUUCAGCUUCGGUCCAGAGAGGACCCGGCACCGAAUCACUGACUCGCCCAGGUGUCGGGAAAAUGAUCCACAGUCUAUUUCUCAUCAACUGCUCUGGCGACAUAUUUCUAGAAAAACACUGGAAGAGCGUGGUGAGCCAGUCUGUCUGUGACUAUUUCUUUGAAGCUCAGGAGAAAGCUGCUGAUGUUGAAAAUGUCCCACCUGUCAUUCCAACACCUCACCACUACCUCAUUAGUAUCUACCGGGAGAAGCUCUUCUUUGUGUCUGUCAUACAGACAGAAGUGCCACCUCUCUUUGUCAUUGAGUUUCUGCAUCGAGUUGCUGACACUUUUCAGGACUACUUUGGUGAGUGUUCAGAGGCUGCAAUUAAGGAUAAUGUGGUCAUAGUGUAUGAGCUCUUGGAAGAAAUGCUAGACAACGGAUUCCCACUGGCUACUGAAUCUAACAUUUUGAAAGAACUGAUUAAACCACCAACAAUUCUACGUUCCGUCGUCAAUUCUAUCACAGGCAGUAGUAAUGUUGGGGACACACUCCCCACUGGGCAGCUAUCCAACAUCCCAUGGCGUCGAGCAGGAGUGAAGUACACAAACAAUGAGGCCUAUUUUGAUGUAGUUGAAGAAAUAGAUGCAAUUAUAGAUAAAUCAGGAUCUACAGUCUUUGCAGAAAUUCAGGGCGUCAUUGAUGCUUGCAUUAAGCUCUCUGGAAUGCCUGAUCUCUCUCUCUCUUUCAUGAACCCAAGGCUUCUAGAUGAUGUCAGCUUCCACCCGUGCAUCCGGUUCAAACGUUGGGAAUCUGAAAGAGUUUUGUCAUUUAUUCCUCCAGAUGGGAAUUUCCGACUCAUAUCAUACCGAGUCAGCUCACAAAAUCUAGUGGCAAUACCAGUGUAUGUGAAACACAGUAUCAGCUUUAAGGAAAACAGUUCUUGUGGCAGAUUUGAUAUAACAAUUGGACCGAAACAGAAUAUGGGAAAAACUAUUGAAGGAAUCACAGUGACUGUGCACAUGCCAAAAGUUGUGCUGAAUAUGAACCUGACACCAACACAAGGCAGCUAUACGUUUGAUCCAGUAACCAAGGUACUAGCAUGGGAUGUGGGGAAAAUUACUCCACAAAAGCUCCCGAGUCUUAAAGGACUAGUGAAUUUACAGUCAGGAGCACCCAAGCCAGAAGAGAAUCCAAGCCUCAACAUACAGUUCAAGAUUCAGCAGCUUGCUAUUUCAGGUUUAAAGGUGAACCGCUUGGACAUGUAUGGGGAGAAAUACAAGCCAUUUAAAGGAGUCAAAUAUGUCACAAAAGCUGGGAAGUUUCAAGUGAGGACAUGAGAAGAGGCCAGAAUUCCUCAAGAUGUUUGUUUUUCAAGUGUCAUUACAGUUUAUUACUAUUAGGUACCAAGUGGGUGGGAAUACAUAUAAAGCAUUUGUGUCAGGCUGCACUGCUAACAAAGUUGCUUAGUAUCAAUGUAGGGUUCUUAAGGAGCUUUAAGCUAAGGAAAGUUUUCAAAAGACUUAGCUUAUUUUCUAUCUUUUCACUUGGGAAAAGAUUUAGAUUUCUUCCAAGGGGGCUACCAGCUGAAUGCUGCACAUUGUACAGUAAAGGCAGAAGGCUACAUCGAGCGGUAGCCUCUCUCCAAAAGCCAGUGAACUGGUCUCAUCCACCAGCAGGAACUGUCUCAGCCGGGAUGUGUCAUGUGCAGCCAAGUGUCACACCUUCUGAUCUUAGCCAUCUCAAAUCAGUGUCUGUCCCACAAGAGGAGAUUUCCCCACCCCAAGAAGUUUACAGAAAACUGCCUCUUCAAGUGUUUGCCUUACUCAGCUCUUCACUUGUGCCAUUAAGCAAGCACUGUAGCAAAGCCACUUCCACAUGGCCUGGCAGGGAGCACUGCUGCUCCGUGCUCCAUUCUCACUGACUUGGUAUUAUAUUUUUUAUAAAUAAGAUUUUUAUGUAAAGCUCAGAUUUUGAUUUACAAAGACCUUGCUGCAGUAGAUAUACCAUCAGCCAUCAGUUCAGCUGCUAGAUAGCACAGUCAAAAUCAUUUGCAUCAAAGGGGCAAAUACUUUAUUAAGAGAAUAAAAGGGAACACUACUUCUGCUUUUAGGAAGUUAAUGCAGGCACAAGUAUUUGUGCUUUUAAAUUAAAGUAGUAAAAGAAAAUUAAGCAAAACCUUUGCCAUUCUCAUGUUUUAUUAAAGCUUUAUGUAAUGUCACUCUAACCUAGUUAGCCUGAAAACCUCCUGCACUAGUCGAGCAAGAGGAGGAAAAUACAUCUGCUUCACUGCUGUUCUUUUCUCCUUUCACUGUUUGAUCUUUCUGUGCUUAUGUGGUUGGAGUUCCCUGUGCCCUGUAUCUGGAGGUGCUCUUCUUCAUAGUAUGUGUAUCCAAGGCCAUUGUGAUAGGCACCUUCCCAAACCUCCCACCUUGUCAGAGUGCGACUGCAGCACGCCAGUGUCUUUGCUGUACUGUGUACGCAGAAGAACGUUAUACUGAAGGACAGACAGCGUCCUCAGUGAUGAUUUCUACCAAUUGAGCGUUAGCUUGGAAAGUCGGCCUAUGACUCAUUCCAUUCUGCACCAUUCACUUGGAAAUCCUUACACAGUGACUUUGCCUCAUUAGAUACAAAGAAAAUGGAGGAAGGCUGAAAGUUAAGAUAUAAGUGCUUGCUCUCCCUGUUUCAUAGUCUUGUGACCCAUGACAUUUCCCCUUGCUUCUCUUUAAACUGUUAGUUUUCUUGUCCUGUGGCCCAUUAUUUUCUUUCAUCUGUCCCUUACCAUGCUAUUUAUGACUUAUGCUCACUCCUUGUUAGAGUGCUCAUAAUGCAGGAGCACUGUUACUGUUGCCCUCAUCUACGAAGAAAGGCCAGUUUUGCAAUUUCAAAUAGAAAUUUCUUGAGUAACCAAUCUUAGAUUGGCAGCUUUAAGUCAAAAUGCAAAAUAUCUAUUCCCUUUGACUAAGAUUGGUUAUCUAGCUCUAGUUCUAAUAUCUUGUCUUUUACCUCAAAAACAAUCAUAACAGUUGAAUUUCUUCACAAUCCUUUGUCUCACCAUCCAUACCUAGACUGUCCAACAUUCCUCCUGUGCAGUCUUGUCUGUCAAAGUGGAACAUAUACCAAGAGUCCCUCAUCUCUAAUAAUUUCUGCUAAAACAGCCAAGCAGACUAUGUUCCUUAUUGUAUUUAUUAAUUUGAUAGAGCCCAGUAAGUCCUGUCCCUAGCUCUGGCUAUCAUGUCAAUAAAAAUAUGAAAGCAACAAACUGAUUUUUUUUUUAAAGUUUGAUUGUUGAUGGAACAUUCUCUCAUGCAGACUGUUUUAGAGCUGGCUGCACCAGAUUGGCAUCUUGUGUUAUAGUUGCUUGAAGAACAUACAAGAGGCCCUUUCCUAAGCAGAGCACAUUCAUAGCCAUUCAUUUUUUUAAUGUGUCCCCUUUCUGGUCACAGACUAAUGGUAAAAGUGAUCAAAGCUAUCUUCAUCACCACUUCCCAUAUAGAUCCAAGAUUUUAAAACAUGGAGUUCUGGUUAAUCCAGCAUAUUCCCCUUUUCUUUGUUCUUAAGGAACCAUAAUCUAAGAGCAAAUAAAAUAGAUACUUAUUUUCUGCAAGAGGUAGCGCCACCCCCCUUUCCCCACUACACACACACACACACACACACACACACACACACACAAUUCAGCUGGUGGGUUCAUUCCUUAAAUGGUGCUACAGAGGAAACCUGGGAAUAUGCUGGUUUUGUUGUCCUUAGAAGCAACUGAUUAGAAAAAACAACUACAGUGUUAGCUACGCUACUUCCGCAGCCUUGGACACGAGCUGCAAUCCACUUCUACAGUUGGGAACUUCUUAGUCAACGCAAUGAUUUAAAUUUUAUCCUACAGUAUUAUUUAACCUCCCCCAUUCCCAGUUCUAGAAAAUUAGGCAAAAACAUGUUUUUGUUUUAAUCAGUGUUUCCUCAAGCAAAGAUAGUUUUGCCUCACAGCCCUAGUGGAUCUUGACAAAACUGUUCUAUACUGGGGUUUGGAACACACGAAAGUGCCCCUCACAUUUCACAACUUCAGCUUUUUUAAGGGACAGUUGUGGUCUCCAGUAACAGCUAAAAAUCUAAAAUGAGAGUUACAUCAAUCCGGGGUAAACCCACAUCUGGCUGCUUUGCCCACUGGUAACUUGUGAUUUCUGCUCCUUCUAAUGUUUAGUUGCCAAGAUUGUCCUUUAUCACAUAGACCUUCUUACGUAAAUACACUAUUAAUUUCCAUUCCUUUAUGGAUUGAAUAAAAUUUUUAGUUUUUUUAUUAAUAAAAUCCAGAUCCAGAAUCUUAGUUUCAUUGGCUAUUCUUCAAAAAUAAAAUGAGUCUGACCUAAAGUUGUUAGUAAAAUAGCAUGUCCAUCAUUCAGAACGUUAUUCAUAUAAAUGUAUUUUAUUGUUUUAAACAGAACAAAAGAAGAGGCAGAAAAUAUCUGUAUAUAAUAAAUCCUAGCUUAUAAAUGUA